UCUGCUGCAGCUCUGAUGGAAAUCAGUGGUUACCAAACUCGCGCUGAGCUGCUUCUUCGAAACUACAUGCUUUCAGAUUCUUUCAUUAUUUACUCAUCUGUUAUUGAUGGCAUUUUCGCAUGCAAAUUGGUUUAUGAUCUUAGCCAGAUAGUCACCUCUAUUUACUUUAAGUGCUAUGCGCUCUCAAAAUCCCAGCAAGUUGAAUGGAAUAACCGAUCCAUAUCUACCGUUCAUGCGAUACUCGUUACAACCAUGUCACUGUACUUGGCAUUCUGGUCAGAUCUUCUCUCUGAUAAUCAGCUGUCUGGCCUUGUCAUUAUGCGGAGUUCCACAGUAUCAACCUUUGUCUUGGGGGUUUCUAUGGGAUAUUUUUUCACUGAUCUUACCAUGAUCCUUUGGUUUUGUCCUUCUUUAGGUGGACUGGAAUAUCUGGUUCAUCAUCUUCUCUCUAUGGUAGCAGUGACAUAUGCAAUGUUUACUGGUGAGGGGCAGCUUUAUGUGUUCAUGGUUUUAGUUUCUGAGGCAACUACCCCUGGGAUCAACUUGAGAUGGUAUCUUGAUGUAGCUGGAAUGAAAAAGUCGAAAGCAUACCUCGUAAAUGGUUUCUUGAUGGUGUUUGCUUGGCUGGUUGCCAGAAUUUUGUUAUUCAUUUACUUGUUUUACCACGUCUACAUCAACUAUGAUCAGGUUAAGCAUCUGCCUUCAUUUGCAAUUUUUCUAUCAUCUGUUGUGUCAUUGGUACUUACUAUGAUGAACUUGGUUUGGUUCUGGAAGAUUGUGAAAGGACUUAAGAAGACUUUAGCAAAGAGACAGUGAAGUUUGGAUCCAAUUCUCCACGACAUAUUACAUGCCUUUCUUUAAAAAAGCAUGUACAUUCUCAACUUGGGAGAUCUCUAUCCUCGGAUUUAAAAAAACAUGUACAUUCUAGGAUAGAUAAAUAUCUGAAGUUGCAAGGAGAAAAAAAGAAAUACCAGUCUCCUUGUGUGCGUAAAAAUUUGAUACCCCGAGAAUAUAUUUGCUGCUCUCAACAGGAAAAGAGAAGCUCAAUUGAAAUAUUCUCUUUUGUCUUCUUA